CCUCCCCUUUUUUGUGAUGCGAAGAUCCUAAGGCUAGGAGAUAAAAGCACAUAUGACUUAUUGAACUGUGUGUUUCUUCUCCGCUUACUUUGUAAUUUUUUAAAAUAUUUUAAAAUAUUAUUUCCGGGGCUGCUGCGUUUUGCAUUGAUUUUCAGCAACCUCAGUUAGCAUAUCAUUGUUGGGAAAGGGUUUUUUUUGUUAUUAUUUUCCGUUCCUACUGUUGUUGGACUUCCAUCUUGGAUAGGACUCCUUUGUCAUGAUGCCGAGGCGCGGCCGAGGGAAACGAGGCCAGCUUGCCAAUUUCCAUAGGAGAUCUGCGGCCUUACCCCGUUUUCCAAGCCCGGUAGAAGAAGUAGCUGUUUCCCAUCAAGCCUUGGCUGUGGUGUCCACCGGCACAACGUCACUACAAGCAAAAGGGGAGGAAUGCCAGUCAACAGUCCAUGACUUAUUUUCUUACCUGAACGAGAAAGAGGAGGAGCAGGAGGAGGACUCCAUGGAGCUCGGAGCCUACUCGCCGACUCCGACGUCUACCCAUCUGGUGGUGAAACCGCCCUGCCGUCUGGAUGUAUGCCAAGUGCUCUCCUACUUGAAGAAGGAAGAGGAAGAAGAGGAUGUUUCCGAGAUAGGAUCGAUGUCGCCGCCAAAUAGCCUCCCACCUCCAGCCACCCCUCCGCCGUAUUCCUCUUAUUCCUCCCCGACCACUUUGGGCACAGCCAUUUACCCAACAGGCAUGGAGAUGCUGCAUUACUUCACCCCUCUGGCUCACACCUCGUUUCCUUCUUCCCAUCCAAAGCGGGGACAUGACGUGUUGGUGGAGCCCAUCCCUCCCCCGGUGCCCAAGAAGACGACCUCAGCAGUCUGGGAUUACUUCACGCUCGACCCUCGGGAGUCAUGCGUGGCCGUCUGCAGCAUGUGUCAGAGGCGGGUGAGACGGGGCAAGGACGGUGGCACUCGCCCGGGCACGACGGCCCUCCACAAGCACUUGAAGGUGCACCACGGUCUCCAUUUGCCCGGGGUUGCUGUGGUGCCCCCCUCGCCUCUGACGCCCCUGAAGGAGAGGCCACAAGGGUCUUCCACACCGGCCCCCGAACCGGUCCCUCCGGCUUUCCAGUUGGUUUGUCAGGAGCGAAGCCAGCCCUACUAUCCUCCAACGCAUCCAAUGGCCCUCCAGUUGGCUUCAGAUACCGCCUGGAUGCUGGCGGUGGAUAUGCAUCCUCUCUCCUAUGUAGACAAUGAAGGAUUUCGACGGCUAAUGGCCACCGCCCAGCCUCGUUGGAAGAUCCCAAGCCGGACCUUCUUUGCCACCAAAGCUGUUCCUGAGUUGUCCAAGGUGGUGUCCAGAGCCGUACGCCAAGUCGUGGCCGGAAGUGUGGGUCACACAGUUCACGUCACUGUCGACAUCUGGGAUAGUGGGCAGGCGGCCACUUAUAUGUCUGUAACAGGGCACUGGGUGGCCGAAUUUGCUGGCAUCCUCUCCCGGAAGCACGCCACCCUGUCUGUCUGUGCCUUUGAGGAGUCUUGCUCUCCGGAUGAUAUUUGCCACAAGUUGCAGGAAGUCCUGCAGGACUGGCUGUACGAUCUGAAGGCCGGGGGAGUGGUCUCGGACAGCGGGAACAAUGCGGCAAAAUCUGUGCGGGAGCUGCGGCUCAAGCAUGUCCCUUGCUUGGCCCGCUGCCUGAGGCUAGUGGCCAAAGCCUUCUUGGCCACUGAUGCUCAAGUUGGACGGCUCUUGAAAUUGUGCAGGAGGAUCUGCGGCCACUAUAGUCACUCUGCCACUGUCCGCCGUCGCCUUCUGGAAGUGCAGGCCAACUUGGGCCUGCACCAGCCCAUGAGGCAAGAGGCCCGGGCGAGGUCCAUCUCCACCUUACAGAUGCUGGAGCGCCUCUACUGGCAACGCCAAGCCAUCACCGCCAUGUUGGAAGAGGAUGGCAAAGAUGACGAUGACAGCUCCCAUCUGUGCUUGACUCCUGCGGACUGGAAGCUGGUGAAGUGCUUGAUGGAGAUCCUCAAACCCUUUGAAGAUGCCACCAUGCUGGUGACCCGCCCCGACGCCACUCUCUGCCAAGCGCUUCCUCUCCUUUGGUUCUUGGAGGAACAACUCCGAGCCUUGAGGACCAGGUACUACCAGGAGAACAACAACAUGGCUGCUCAUCUCACCACCCAGGCCCUGGAUUGCCUGGAGGCUGACACCCAGCUGAGAGGGGUGAAGAAGAGCAUGGUCUUUCGGGUGGCAGCUUUCCUGGACCCCCGCUUCCGAGACAUCACCACCAUGAAACUCGGCGGCACAGAUAUGAGCGAGGCGGCCAUGCUGAAGGAGCACAUCCUUGACUUGGCAACCAGGGCCUACGUGCCCCAGGGACCGGAUGCUGAGUUUUCCUCUGUCAAUAAUUCCUCCCCACAACCGCCCAGUAGUUCCUCCAACCCACCUGGUUCGGCAGCAUGGCAGUACACCAUGAAACGCUGGAGGACCAUUACCAAAAGCGGCCCGGCCACGGGUCUGGCUGCCGAAGGGGGGAGCGCCGCAGCCCUCCGGGAGCUGGAGGAAUAUCUCUACGACAACGUGGACCACGUCGGAGAGAACGCCGACCCUAUGUUGUAUUGGCAGGGAAAGAUGGGGCUUUGGCCGACUCUCUUCAAGGUUGCCGUGUUUUAUUUCGGCUGCCCGCCGACUUCGGCAUCCUCUGAGGACCUCUCCUUCGUGGCCACUUCCUUGGCGGCGGGAGACCAUCCCAAGUCCCUCUCCCCGGCCAACCUGAAGAUGUUUGCCUUCAUCCGGAAGAAUCGGCACCUCAUCCCUCAAGACUGGAGGCUCUCGCUUGGAGACCUUUCUUCCUCCCAGAGCGAGAUGGACCCCAGGGAGGACUUGGAUACGGAAGAGGAAGACGACCUGCUGAGAGCGGAUGAGGAACCGGAGGAGGAAUGAGAAACUGAACAGCCUGAAAGUUAGAGUACAUGUGUCAAAACCAAGUGUCACGGGCUGAAUCCAGCCCACCAUGUCAUUUUAUGUGGCUCUCCAGAUUCUGGACAACAACAAAAACAAUAAUAGUAAUACUUUAUUUAUAUUCUGCCCUUCUCCUCAAAGGGACUCAGAGUGGAUUACAGUAGAUAAACAAACACAGGCAAACAGUCAAUGCUUGUAAAAAUGAAACACACAUAACACAGGCAAAGGCAAAGGCUUCUCCUUUCAUUUCCGGUUCUGGAGACGGUUCUCAUCUCUGGCUCUGGGGGAGGUGUUCUUCUCCAUUUCCAAGCCAAGGAGCCCACGUUAUCACCUCCUGGUCAUGCUUGACAACAUGACUGCUUGGAGCAUCUCUUGCCUUUUCCCAUGGAAGCAGUACCUAUUUAUCUACUCACAUUUGCAUGUUUUUGAAUUGCUAGGUUGGCAGGAGCUAGGGCUAACGGUAGGAGCUCACCCCAUCCCACGGAUUCGAACUGCCAUCCUUCAGGUCAGCAGCACAAAGGUUUAACCCAUUGUGCCACCAUGGGCCCAUAACUCCUGUAUUCCUCGUCAUUAAGCAUCACGACUAGAGCUGAUGGGAGUUGUGAUGCAGUAACACCUGGAAGGCUACAGUUCAUUCUGUUUAGUUGAGGUUUGGAUUUAGAUAGCAAUUCUUGUGGAGAUGAUGCCUGAUUUUAAAAUGGGCUUUAACCUUUUCCCAACCUCCGAGCCACAAGUGUAGUUGGGCUGCAACUCUCAUGAUCCCCUAUUUAAAUGUUUGUGAUGAUGAUAUUAGAACACUGAAAAGAAUCAGAUUAUUAUCAAAACAUGUUUAUGUUAACAUAUAUAUGGACAUGAAUACGGAUAUGGAUAGGAUGGGCCAAAAGUCACGAAGAGGUCUGAUAUUUUAAUAACAUGAUGCAAUAAUAUUGGGCGACAAUUAUAUUUGAUUAUUCACAUGUAAUGUAAAUUUAUUUCCUACUAGCUUAGGUACCCAGUGAUGCCUGGGUUAGGUCAUUUAUAAUGCUAUUUAAUAGAGAUCAUUUGUUUAUAGAUUUUUAUGAAUGGUCCCAUUAGAUGUGGGCAAUCUACAGCUCCCAUCAUCCCAGGUCCAUCUCUCCCUCUCAAAUCCCACCAGUACUUAAAGUUAGUCAUGAUGGGUAUGUGUGUCAAGUUUAGUUCCGAUCUAUCAUCGAUGGGGUCCACAGUGUUCUCUUGUUGUGGAUAAACUACAACUCCCAUCAUCCAUAGUCAGUCCCGUCCCCUCCAAGCCUUCCACUAUUUCCUAUUGAUCACGGGGAGUCUAUGUGCCAAGUUUGGUUCAGGUCCAUUGUUGGCAGGAAUCACAGGGCUCUUUGGAUGUGGGGUGAACUACAACUCCCAUCAUCCAAAAUCAAUCCCCUCUAAACCUUUCCAGUAUUUUCUAUUGGUCAUGGGGAAUGUAUGUGCCAAGUUUGGUUCAGAUCCAUUGUUGGCAGGAAUCACGGUGCUUUGGUUGCGGGGUGAACUACAACUCCCAAAAUCAAUCCCCUCCAAACCCUUCCAGUAUUUCCUAUUGGUCAUGGGUUGGUCUGUGUGUCACGUUUUAUUUGUGUAGAGAUGUAGUAAAUUGGCUGGUUUUAAUUUAUAAUGAUAUAGAACAGAGGUGAGAACUUCAAAAUGCUGUUUGGGCUAUGCAGUUCCCAAACAGCAGAGCCCAUAAUGAUGCAUGAUGGGAGUUGCAACCCAGCAAUUUUGAUUUUGAGAUCCCCAGCUUUGCUAUACACCGACAUGACUCUGGAAAAUAUUUAUUCUUCCGUUAUUUAUACCAGAGCAUUGGGGUCUCAAGGGAAGCUCAGGCCUUUCUGCAAAAACACUUUCCUACUACUGUUAUGUAGCUGAAAGUCUGACCAAAGACCUUUUGCUGCCUGAGGCCAGGGAGCCCAAUCUGAGUUGUGUUGUGCAAAUGAAGCCCAAAGCAUACUUGCACUGCCUGUUAUUCAUGACAGAAACAUUCUUCUUUUUGUUAUUAAUAAUAAUAUUAUCAAAUAAUGCUAUCUCUACAAAUGGUGCUAAUACGUAUAAAGAAAUACGUGUCUGACAUUACGUAGUAUUUCCCAUUUCCAGGACUUUUAGCCUGAUUUUAAUUGGGAACGUAGUGGAACUUUUCCUAUAAUGUGUAUUUAUUUAUUCCGACUGCUGCUCUGAGCCAUUUAGGCAGUACAAUCUCAAAGUGACAACAAUAAACAUUCCUAUAAUAUUUAUUUAUUUAUUAUUUAUUUGCGACAUUUAUAUACCGCCCUUCUCACCCCGAAGGGGACUCAGGGCGGUUUACAAGUAUAUAUACAUACAAUAUAUUAUAUUAUACAACUGUAUUGCAAUAUUAUUAGUAUUAAUAAUAAUAACCCUAAUAAAACACUUUUGUGCUGCCUAUAUCCUGA